AUGGCGGAAACUCCCCUGACAAACGGCAAUGGGUCUCCACGCACCCCUAGAUUGAACUCGCUCGCCCUGACUGAGGGCUCUGCAAAAACAACAACCUCAAAUGAGAGGCACGGCCCGUCCGCAGACUGGGAUAUUCCAGAGGCAUAUCUACUUCCAAAUGGAUAUCCAGAUUAUUUGCGACUUAUCCUUACAUCACGAGUCUACGAUGUUGUCCAAGAAACGCCACUCACACAUGCUGUAAAUAUGAGCAAUCGAUUAGAAUGCAAAGUCCUUCUGAAACGGGAGGAUCUGCUUCCAGUCUUCAGCUUCAAGCUUAGAGGUGCCUACAACAAAAUGGCCCAUCUAAGUCCGGAGAGAAUGUGGAAAGGGGUCAUUGCAUGCUCUGCAGGGAACCAUGCUCAAGGCGUUGCGUACUCCGCGCGAACCUUGAAAAUCCCUGCUACUAUCGUCAUGCCCUCGGGAACCCCAGCUAUCAAGCAUCGAAAUGUAGCGAGAUUAGGUGGAACGGUCGUCCUACACGGACCUGACUUUGACUCCGCAAAGAUGGAAGCUGCCAGACUUGCAAAAUUAUAUGACCUUACAAACAUUCCACCCUUCGAUGACCCAUACGUGAUUGCAGGCCAGGGGACGUGCGGGAUGGAACUGCUUCGACAGUCCAAUCUGCAGAAUCUUGAAGCUGUAUUUUGCUGCGUAGGGGGAGGGGGGCUAAUUGCCGGUGUCGGAGUUUAUAUUAAGCGAAUUGCGCCACACGUCAAGAUUAUCGGGGUAGAGACACAUGAUGCCAAUGCGAUGGCUAGGUCCCUCACGGAUGGUGAGAGGGUGACUCUUAAAGAGGUGGGACUGUUUGCAGAUGGUGCAGCUGUGAAAGCGGUUGGCGAGGAAACCUUCCGACUAUGCAGGGAGGUGGUGGAUGAUAUUAUCCAGGUUUCAACCGACGAGGCCUGCGCGGCGAUCAAGGACGUUUUUGAAGAUACAAGAUCGAUCAUGGAGCCUGCUGGCGCUCUUGCUCUUGCCGGGCUCAAAAAAUAUGUUGCUAUGAAUCCCUCCCCGAACCCUAAUCGAGAGCUGGUGGCUAUAACAUCGGGAGCGAAUAUGAAUUUCGACAGGUUACGUUUUGUAGCUGAGCGAGCAACGUUGGGCGAGAGGAAAGAGGCGCUACUUAGCGUCACUGUCCCCGAACGUCCAGGAGCGUUUGCAAAGUUGAUUGAGCUUGUCACGCCCCUUGAUGUCACCGAACUCAGCUACCGCUACUCAUGCCCGGAAUCUGCUAAUCUGUUCAUUGGCCUCUCUCUAUCCUCCCCGACAGGGACAGAUGAUUUGUCUCAUAUAACUCGCCAGUUACUGGCAUGUGGAAUGAUUGCAUCGGACCUAAGCGACGACGAGCUAGCCAAAACUCACAUUAGAUACCUUGGUGGCGGACGAAGCAACGUCGCAGAGGAAAGACUGUUCAUGUUUGAAUUUCCUGAACGUCCAGGAGCCCUGAUGAAGUUCCUCAGGACCCUGAAACCACACCAGAAUAUCUCACUAUUUCACUACCGCAAUUAUGGAAGCGACGUCGCAAAGGUUCUUGCGGGAAUUCAGUGUCCAGCUGCUGAAAAGAGAGAGCUGGAGGAUUUCCUGCACGAUUUGGGUUACCCGUUUAUAGAGUGCACUCACUCACCUGUCUACAAGACAUUUUUACGAGAGUGA